GCGCUGCCCCCUCACAGCGCGGCCAUGAAGGCGACGCCGCUCUCCAACUGCGAGCGGCGCUUCCUCCUGCGCGCCAUCCAGGAGAAGAAGCGCCUGGACGGGAGGCAAUGCUACGACUACCGGAACAUCCGCGUCUCCUUCGGCGCCGACCGCGGCUGCUGCAUCGUGGAGCUGGGCAGGACCAGGGUUCUUGCACAGGUCUCGUGUGAACUCGUUCCCCCUAAGCCAAACAGGCCCACGGAAGGUGUGCUCUUCUUUAAUCUGGAGCUCUCACCCAUGGCUGCACCUGGGCUGGAGCCUGGCAGACAAUCCGAGUUACUGGUGUCACUGAACAGACUAUUGGAACGAUGCCUCAGAGAUUCCAAAUGCAUUGACACUGAAUCUCUCUGCGUUGUUGCUGGUGAAAAGGUUUGGCAAAUUCGGCUGGACAUGCACCUGUUAAACCACGAUGGCAACAUCACUGAUGCUGCCAGCAUAGCAGGGAUUGUAGCUCUGUGUCAUUUCCGCAGGCCAGAUGUGUCUGUGCAAGGAGAGGAAACAACUGUGUACACUCCUGAGGAACGUGAUCCUGUCCCCUUGAGUAUCCACCACAUGCCCAUUUGUGUCAGUUUUGCCUUCUUCCAUCAAGGGACCUAUUUAUUGGUGGAUCCAACUGAACGUGAGGAGCGGGUGAUGGAUGGGCUCCUUGUAAUUGCCAUGAAUAAACACCAUGAAAUUUGUACCAUCCAGUCCAGUGGAGUGGUCAUGCUGCUGCAGGAUCAGAUUCUGAGAUGCACUAAAAUAACAGCUGUUAAGGUGGGAGAAAUAACAGAACUGAUUCAGAAAGCCUUGGAAAACGACCAAAAAGCCAGGAAAGAAGGCGGGAAGUUCGGCUUUGCGGAAUCCAUCCCCAACCAAAGGAUCACUGCCUUCAAAAUGGAGAGUGCUCCUGUGGACACCAACGAUGUGGAAGAACAGGCUGGAGAAAUCAUUGCUAAAGCUGACCCUCCUUCAGAAGUUUUUGCCAAUCCAGUAUUGCACACUCCUGGUACAGCCCAAAUUGGGGAAGGAAUAGAGAGCUCCUGGGGAGACCUUGAAGAAUCUGAAAAGGAAGAAGCAGCGGAAGAGGAAGAUGAAAGUGAGGCAGCUGCUUUUGAAUGUGAGAAAGUAGAAACUGAGGGUACAAGUACACUGAGGGAAACUAAGAGUGAUGAACCCGUUGUGCUGUCUGACAGCGAGGAGGAAGAAGUUGUCAUUCUGGAACCACAGGAACUACCAAGGAAGACAAGAACACAGACCAGCUCCAAACAAGAAAAUCCGAGUAAGAAAGCAUUUAACAAAAGGAGAAGAAAGAAGAGAACUCGUUAAAGCCAUCAUCCCUUCCUGCAGGAAUGCUGUAUAAUAUGGAUUUUGGUGUACUAUUACUGAGCUUAUUUUUGUAGAUAAUUUUAUUUCCUCCCCUCCCAAUACCCGGUUCUGCUUUUACGUAUAUGUUGAAACGAUUGUACACAGAUUUAAAUUAAAAAAUGGUGCCUGUAAGUGAAA